AUGGCGUCUCCCGCUCGUCCUCAGGUAAGCGUGUUUGACCGUAGUGGUAACGUGGCCGGCAGUGUGGCGUUGCCGGAGGUAUUCUCGACGGUGGUGCGUCCUGAUGUUGUACAUUUUGUGCACACGAACGUUGCCAAGAACGCUCGUAUGGCGUAUGCGGUUUCUACGGAGGCUGGUUACCAGACUUCUGCUGAGUCGUGGGGUACGGGUCGUGCUGUGGCACGUAUUCCGCGUGUUGCUGGUGGUGGCACGCACCGUGCGGGCCAAGCGGCUUUCGGCAACAUGUGCCGUGGUGGUGGCAUGUACUCCCCGACGAAGACCUACCGACGUUGGCACCGUGCCGUACCGGCCACUAUGCGGCGUCACGCUGUGGCUUCGGCCCUCGCGGCCUCGGCUGUUGCGGCUCUCGUUAUGGCGCGAGGACACAAGGUGCAAGCGGCUAAGGAGAUCCCCAUCGUGUGCACGGACGAGAUCGAACAGCUACAGAAAACCAAGGAAGCGCACGCUCUCCUUACCAAGCUGGGUUGCGGCGAAGACUUGCUCCGCUGCGCUGAGACCCGUCAGCGUCGUCACGGCAAGUCCGUCUGGCGUAACCGUGUGCACUCUGUCCGUCGCGGACCUCUCGUCGUCUAUAACGGCACUCGCGACCAAAUGCGCGCUUUCCGCAACAUUCCGGGAGUUGAGACCUGCCAUGUCAGCCGUCUUAACCUGCUCCAACUCGCACCCGGGGCCACGGUAGGACGUCUCCUCAUCUUCUCCGAGUCUGCCUUCAAAGCACUCGCCGACAUCUACGAACACAAAAAGGACUACUCUCUACCUCGCGACCUCAUGACUAACACCGACGUCCAACGCAUCAUCAACUCCGACGAAAUACAAUCCGUCCUCCGAGUUAAGAAGGACGGAGCCAAACCCAAAUUCCAUGGUGCCACCAACGCCCUCAAACGCGAGGAAGUCGUCAAGAAGCUGGCUCUCAAGAAACUAUUCUAA